UCUGAUUACAAGCCUUUAUCUCCCAUGGUUACUGCUUUUCUGGGGUUUAUUUUUUUACUUACCACUCUAAUAAUCCAAGAAAGAAACCAGUAGGUGAUACAGGGAGUUCUGUAUCUUUGAACUAAGCUUUGAACUGUCUAAACAGCUGGUAGACUAAAACUUGAAUAUUUCCCACACGUUGAAAAUAAUUAUUUUGGGAAUGCAAUUACCACAAACUCAUCUGACUUGAACGGUGGACCUUUACACCAAAUCAAAUAACUGAAGAAUGGGAUUAGAAGGUUUCAAAAAUUAUUAACUUUGAGUGAUUCAAGAUUGACCAGUGGAUCAGAAAAAUAGUGACGUGUAAAAGAUUUUUCUAUUUAAAAAAAUGCUUUCAAAAAGUGAAGCAGGACACCAUCAUGCUUGAAACUAUGAUACUGUUUCCUUCGACACGUCUAAAAGUUGUAUCUGAGGCCUGCAGUUAGUUAUGAAAGAAACCGUCAACUAAAUUGCAGCACGUUAAACUUAGACAGUUACUAACUUCCCUCGAAUUACUUUUGUGUUGCGAUUCUGCACCACACCCUCGACCUCGCCCUCCAGGGAGGGAACCUAGAAAGGUUGUAAAAGUUUUGUUGUUGUUGUUGCUGUUUUUUUCCCUGAACCAGGCUUGGGCUACCCACAAAUGAACCAAAAGGGGCACAGGACGUCAACAACUUGUUCUCUAUUUUCUCUCCUUCUCAGGUGCCCCGCCCACAAAGGGGACUAGACCCCCACCCAAGAAGCCUCGGUCUCAGGUCGUUUAAGCGUAGGAGGUGGCGGGAGGCGACCACAGUUGCCAAACAGUUGGCUUCCCAGGCUGUCUGGUGUGACGCGGCAGCCCCCUCCCCGCCUCUUAGGACACGCGAUCAGGCGCAGCCGAGGCCUGGGCGACUGGACCCCAUGCAUGAGUUGGCCCUCUCGGCUUAUCCACUGCGCCCGUCUGCGGUUCCCCGAACCUCAUCAUAAUCUUCAGCAUCUCCCUACCACCCUGCUUCCCCGGUUUCUUCUCAGUCUUUCCGCCGCGACAUCCUUGCGCAACCGUCCCGAGUUACAGUAGCGUCCAUACCCGCACGGAGCGAGCCUGUAGCUCCCACUUCCCGGAACUCAACUCAGAGCCACUAAGGGAGGGCACCCAAGAAAGGAUCAGCGGCCCACGGCCGUGGCCAGAGUCCGACGGCCUCUGCGCGGUCGACGUGCGCGCUCCCCUCAACGCGCGUGCGCGUACUCGCUGCGUCAGCACCAAUCGCUUUCUUCCUACGCCCCACGACUCCAAAACGUAGCCCCACCCACCGCCCGCGCGCCAGUACGAAGUGUUCGGCGUGCUCGUGCCCGCUCGCUCGCCCGCCUGUCUCGCGCAGAGUAGGGAAGGGGAGUGAGCAGAGGAGCUUACGUCGCGCGGGAGGCGGAGGCGACUGCGUCCUCGGUGGCGGUGGCGGCGGCGGAGGCGGAGGUGGCUACGACAGAGACGGUUGCGCUCGCUCUCUCAGCGUCAUGGCGGCUGCCGGGAGCCGAUAAACGGCGAGAGCGGGAGCGCGCGCGUGGCCGCGGCGACGACGACGGCUAAUUACUUCUGGCUAUUGCUGCUCCAGCCGUUGGUGCUUCAAUAAUGAAUUGAUUGUUGGAUCCGCUCCGCAGGGGAUCGCGCGUUGGUGCCGCGGGCCGGGGCUUCCCCUUCCCCUCCGCGUCUUUCCCCUUCCCCCUCCCCUUCACGGACUCCUGCUUACCCCGAGACGCCCGGAGCCCGAGGACUCACUCGGCGGCGGCGACCGCGGGCCCGGGCGCGGGGGAGGCCGCUGAUCCUAGUCGGCUCCCUCCGCCCCGCGAAGCCUGCACGGCAGCGGGUGCAUCAGAAAGGGUCCCCGGGAACCUGUGAAUGUUGAAGAAAAUUCGUCUGUGAUUUUUGAUAUUCAAGGAGGAGUCAAUAUUUAUAUUCAUCUUUUAAACUGGGAAGAUUUAUAUUUUAUUUUAAAACUUGUUGAUAUUUACAAUGAAUGGACACAGUGAUGAAGAAAGUGUUAGAAACAGUAGUGGAGAAUCAAGCCAGUCGGAUGAUGAUUCUGGGUCAGCUUCAGGCUCUGGAUCUGGUUCAAGUUCUGGAAGCAGUAGUGAUGGAAGUAGUAGCCAGUCAGGUAGCAGUGACUCUGACUCUGGAUCUGAAUCGGGCAGUCAGUCAGAGUCUGAGUCAGACACUUCUCGAGAGAACAAAGUUCAAGCAAAACCACCGAAAGUUGAUGGAGCUGAGUUUUGGAAAUCUAGCCCUAGUAUUUUGGCUGUGCAGAGAUCUGCAAUGCUCAAGAAGCAGCAGCAGCAGCAGCAGCAGCAGCAGCAACAACAUCAAGCUUCAUCUAAUAGUGGAUCAGAAGAGGAUUCCUCUAGCAGUGAAGAUUCUGAUGACUCAUCGAGUGAGGUCAAAAGGAAAAAGCAUAAAGAUGAAGACUGGCAGAUGUCUGGGUCUGGAUCUCCAUCUCAGUCUGGUUCAGAUUCAGAAUCUGAAGAAGAAAGAGAUAAAAGCAGUUGUGAUGAAACAGAAUCUGAUUAUGAGCCAAAAAACAAAGUUAAAAGCAGAAAACCUCAAAAUAGAUCUAAGUCAAAAAAUGGAAAGAAGAUUCUUGGACAAAAAAAGAGACAGAUUGAUUCAUCUGAGGAAGAGGAUGAUGAUGAAGAAGAUUAUGAUACUGACAAAAGAAGUUCUCGACGCCAAGCAACUGUCAAUGUUAGCUAUAAAGAAGACGAAGAAAUGAAAACAGAUUCUGAUGACCUAUUGGAAGUUUGUGGAGAGGAUGUUCCUCAGCCUGAGGAAGAGGAAUUUGAAACUAUAGAACGGUUUAUGGAUUGUCGGACUGGGAGAAAAGGAGCUACUGGUGCUACUACAACCAUCUACGCAGUUGAAGCAGAUGGUGACCCAAAUGCAGGAUUUGAAAAAAGCAAGGAGCCAGGAGAAAUCCAGUAUUUAAUUAAAUGGAAAGGAUGGUCCCAUAUUCACAAUACUUGGGAGACAGAAGAAACCCUUAAGCAGCAGAAUGUUAGAGGAAUGAAAAAAUUGGAUAAUUAUAAGAAAAAAGAUCAAGAAACAAAAAGAUGGUUGAAAAAUGCUUCUCCAGAAGAUGUGGAAUAUUAUAAUUGCCAGCAAGAACUUACAGAUGAUCUGCAUAAACAGUAUCAAAUAGUGGAGCGAAUAAUUGCUCAUUCCAAUCAAAAAUCAGCAGCUGGUUAUCCUGAUUAUUAUUGCAAAUGGCAGGGCCUUCCAUACUCAGAAUGCAGCUGGGAGGAUGGCGCUCUUAUUUCCAAAAAGUUUCAAGCAUACAUAGAUGAGUAUUUUAGCAGGAAUCAAUCAAAAACUACUCCUUUCAAAGAUUGCAAGGUAUUGAAGCAAAGGCCAAGAUUUGUAGCACUAAAGAAGCAGCCAGCCUAUAUUGGAGGACAUGAGGGUUUAGAAUUAAGAGAUUAUCAACUGAAUGGUUUAAAUUGGCUUGCUCACUCUUGGUGCAAAGGAAAUAGUUGCAUACUUGCUGAUGAAAUGGGCCUUGGAAAAACAAUACAGACGAUCUCAUUUCUGAACUAUUUGUUUCAUGAACAUCAAUUAUACGGACCUUUUCUAUUAGUAGUACCACUCUCCACUCUCACUUCCUGGCAAAGGGAAAUUCAGACAUGGGCUUCUCAAAUGAAUGCCGUGGUUUAUUUAGGUGACAUUAACAGCAGAAACAUGAUAAGAACUCAUGAAUGGAUGCAUCCCCAGACCAAACGGUUAAAAUUUAAUAUACUGUUAACAACUUAUGAAAUUUUAUUGAAGGAUAAGGCAUUCCUUGGCGGUCUAAAUUGGGCAUUUAUAGGUGUAGAUGAAGCACAUCGAUUAAAGAAUGAUGACUCUCUUCUGUAUAAAACUUUAAUAGACUUUAAGUCCAAUCACCGUCUCCUUAUCACUGGAACUCCUCUACAAAACUCCCUCAAAGAGCUCUGGUCUUUGCUUCAUUUCAUUAUGCCAGAAAAGUUUUCUUCAUGGGAAGAUUUUGAAGAAGAACACGGCAAAGGCAGAGAAUAUGGUUACGCAAGCCUCCACAAGGAGCUUGAGCCAUUUCUUUUACGCAGAGUUAAGAAAGAUGUGGAAAAAUCCCUUCCUGCCAAGGUUGAGCAGAUUUUAAGAAUGGAAAUGAGUGCUCUACAGAAACAAUAUUACAAAUGGAUAUUAACUAGAAAUUACAAAGCCCUCAGCAAAGGUUCCAAGGGCAGUACCUCAGGCUUUUUGAAUAUUAUGAUGGAGCUAAAGAAAUGUUGUAAUCACUGCUACCUCAUUAAACCACCAGAUAAUAAUGAAUUCUAUAAUAAACAGGAGGCCUUACAACACUUAAUCCGUAGUAGCGGAAAAUUGAUUCUUCUUGACAAGCUGUUAAUUCGCCUAAGAGAAAGAGGCAAUAGAGUUCUUAUUUUUUCUCAAAUGGUGCGGAUGUUAGACAUACUUGCAGAAUAUUUGAAAUAUCGUCAAUUUCCCUUUCAAAGAUUAGAUGGAUCAAUAAAAGGGGAGCUGAGGAAACAAGCUCUGGAUCAUUUUAAUGCCGAAGGGUCAGAGGAUUUCUGCUUUUUGCUUUCCACAAGAGCUGGAGGUCUAGGAAUUAAUUUAGCCUCUGCUGACACUGUUGUUAUAUUUGAUUCUGAUUGGAAUCCGCAAAAUGAUCUUCAGGCACAGGCUAGAGCUCAUCGAAUCGGGCAAAAGAAACAGGUGAAUAUUUAUCGUCUAGUUACAAAGGGAUCGGUUGAAGAAGAUAUUCUUGAAAGGGCCAAAAAAAAGAUGGUUUUAGAUCAUCUUGUGAUUCAAAGAAUGGACACAACUGGGAAGACAGUACUACACACAGGUUCUGCCCCCUCAAGUUCUACUCCUUUCAAUAAAGAAGAGUUAUCAGCCAUUUUAAAGUUUGGUGCUGAGGAACUUUUUAAGGAACCUGAAGGAGAAGAACAAGAACCCCAGGAAAUGGAUAUAGAUGAAAUCUUGAAGAGGGCUGAAACUCAUGAAAAUGAACCAGGCCCUUUAACUGUAGGAGAUGAAUUGCUUUCCCAGUUCAAGGUUGCUAACUUUUCAAAUAUGGAUGAGGAUGACAUUGAAUUGGAACCUGAAAGAAAUUCAAAGAAUUGGGAAGAAAUCAUUCCAGAAGAUCAAAGAAGACGAUUAGAAGAGGAAGAAAGACAAAAGGAACUUGAAGAAAUUUAUAUGCUUCCAAGAAUGAGAAACUGUGCUAAACAGAUUAGUUUCAAUGGAAGUGAAGGGAGGCGCAGUAGAAGUAGGAGAUACUCGGGAUCUGAUAGUGAUUCGAUCUCAGAAAGGAAAAGGCCAAAGAAACGUGGAAGACCACGGACUAUCCCUCGAGAGAAUAUUAAAGGAUUUAGUGAUGCAGAAAUUCGGCGGUUUAUCAAGAGUUACAAGAAAUUUGGUGGCCCUCUGGAAAGAUUAGAUGCAAUUGCUCGAGAUGCUGAAUUAGUUGAUAAGUCAGAGACAGACCUCAGACGACUAGGAGAAUUGGUACAUAAUGGUUGCAUUAAAGCGUUAAAGGAUAAUUCUUCAGGAACAGAACGGACAGGUGGUAGACUUGGAAAAGUCAAGGGUCCAACAUUCCGAAUAUCAGGAGUACAGGUGAAUGCCAAGCUAGUCAUCUCCCAUGAAGAAGAAUUAAUACCAUUGCACAAAUCCAUUCCGUCAGAUCCAGAAGAAAGAAAGCAGUAUACUAUCCCAUGCCACACAAAGGCAGCUCAUUUUGAUAUAGACUGGGGCAAAGAAGAUGAUUCCAAUUUGUUAAUUGGUAUCUAUGAAUAUGGAUAUGGAAGCUGGGAAAUGAUUAAAAUGGAUCCUGACCUGAGCCUAACACACAAGAUUCUUCCAGAUGAUCCUGAUAAAAAACCACAAGCAAAACAAUUGCAGACACGUGCAGACUACCUCAUCAAAUUACUUAGUAAAGAUCUUGCAAGAAAAGAAGCUCAGAGACUUUCUGGUGCAGGAGGUUCAAAGAGGAGAAAAGCAAGAGCUAAGAAGAAUAAAGCAAUGAAGUCUAUAAAAGUGAAAGAGGAGAUAAAGAGUGAUUCUUCUCCCCUGCCCUCAGAAAAGUCCGAUGAAGAUGAUAAGUUAAGCGAAUCUAAGUCUGAUAGCAAGGAAAGAGCCAAGAAAUCUUCAGUGUCAGAUGCUCCAGUUCAUAUCACUGCAAGUGGUGAACCAGUUCCCAUAUCUGAAGAAUCUGAAGAGCUGGAUCAGAAGACAUUCAGCAUUUGUAAAGAAAGAAUGAGGCCUGUCAAAGCAGCUUUGAAACAACUUGAUAGGCCUGAGAAAGGCCUAUCAGAAAGAGAACAACUGGAGCAUACUAGACAAUGUUUAAUAAAAAUUGGAGACCAUAUAACGGAAUGUCUGAAAGAAUAUACAAAUCCUGAACAAAUCAAGCAGUGGAGAAAAAACCUGUGGAUUUUUGUAUCUAAGUUUACUGAGUUUGAUGCAAGAAAAUUACAUAAAUUAUAUAAGCAUGCUAUUAAAAAACGGCAGGAAUCUCAGCAAAAUAAUGACCAGAACAGCAACUUGAAUGCUCAAGUGAUUAGAAAUCCAGAUGUGGAAAGAUUAAAAGAGAAUACAAAUCACGAUGAUAGCAGCAGGGACAGUUACUCAUCUGAUAGACACUUAUCUCAGUAUCAUGAUCAUCAUAAAGACCGACAUCAGGGAGAUUCUUACAAAAAGAGUGACUCUAGGAAAAGACCCUAUUCUUCUUUUAGUAAUGGUAAAGAUCAUCGUGAUUGGGAUCACUACAAGCAAGACAGCAGAUAUUACAGUGAUAGAGAGAAACACAGAAAACUGGAUGAUCACAGGAGUAGAGAUCACAGGUCAAAUUUGGAAGCAAGUUUGAAAGAUAGAUCUCAUUCUGAUCAUCGUUCUCAUUCUGAUCACCGUUCUCAUUCAGAUCAUCGGUCAAGUUCUGAAUAUACACACCAUAAAUCUUCCAGGGAUUAUAGGUAUCACUCAGAUUGGCAAAUGGACCACAGAGCUUCCAGUAGUGGGCCGAGAUCACCACUAGAUCAGAGGCCUCCUUAUGGCUCCAGGUCUCCAUUUGAACACUCAGCUGAACACAAAAGUACACCUGAGCAUACCUGGAGUGGUCGGAAAACAUAACAAAAACUGCUAUUUUUGUCUUUCUGGACUUUUCUUUUAGCCAUAUAUCAUAAACCAACACAGUAAUUGCCUUACAUGACUUGAAAGAUAUAAACAGAUCUUCUAUCAGUAGCAGUAUUGUUACUUCUUUCCAGGAUGCAAGGUCUAUUAUCCCAACAGAAGAGAAAAUAUUUUUAUAUUUAAGGGUUAUGCUGCACUGUACUACAAAUAUUGUAGUGCUUUUUUUUUCUUUUUUAAAGAAAUGGAAAAUGUUUACUAUUACAGGGACCUCAACACUGCCCUUCCAUAUAGGCUGGAUGAAACUUUUUAAGUCAGUGAUUUUAGACUGACCUCCAUUUAAAUUAUGUUUGUAUAUGAACUUUACUCUGACCUGUGAUCAUGUUUCAGGAAGGAAUGAAAGAGAGUUCUUUUCUUAAUAAAGAAAAAACACUCAAGGACUUUGUUCACUUUCCAAAGCUACUUGUUUACAUUGUACACUGCGACCACCUUGCCGCUUUUCAUCACAAGCUUGAAUAUUUAAAUUCUGUACUUAUAUCUGUAAAAUAGCCAGGAAUUUCCUGUUUGUGAUCUAUUAUUAUGCCUUUUUACAUACACACAAAAAAAUGACUGUAAAUUAUUGUAAAUGGAUUAAAUGAGCUUUCCUUACUUCCUUCCCCUUCUCAGGCUUUUUUUGACUGUUCCUUUCCCUACCAACUCAGGCCUUCUUAUCAUUUUUUAAAAAAAAAAAUCAGUGUAAUAACACUUUUUAAUGAUUUGUCUUGAUGGAAUCAUUGUUUAGAAUGUAAAAAAUGGGGAAAGGGGCCACUUAAUUCCAUUAGUCCUCUUUUUAUAUUGACUAUUUUAUUAGAUACAUGUUACUUCUUUCUCUUUUUUUCUUUUUUAGUCAUUGUGUUUGUAGUAACAAAGUGGUGAGAUAAUAUGUCAAAUCUAAACUGCAUGCUCUGGAAACAUUUUCAGAUGCAUUUGGUUUAAAAGGGUAGGUGUAUGAACACUUUUCAGAAUCCAAAACAGCCAAAAGUUAUUGUAAAUCCAUUUGUUUUCCCUUUCCAUGUGGGCAAUAAUGUCAAAUGUGCUAUGCAGCCAGGUAACAUUUUAGAUAAACUUGAUUGACUUUUAAUAUAAACUGUUACAAUGCACACUGAUUGUAUAUAAAAACCUUAUAUAUGACAAAUUAAAUUUAAGAAAAAGGA